GAAGCCUGCUGUGCCCGGCUCUUCCUGCGGGAUGCUGGCGGAGCUCUCAGAGGGCUGUGGGCGGGAUGGAGGCAGGAGGCGGCGGGGCGGGAGUGCAGAAGCCGUAAUUCUGGGCUGUGCUCCUUGGCUCCGCUCCAUGCCUCUGAAAUAACAGCUCUGCUUUGGUCUAGCUGCGCGGAGAAGCCAGGGCCGGCUGCCUGUUUCCUCCUUCAGCAAUCCUAAGGGAGGUAGGACGGAGUGCUCUGCUAUUCACUGAUAUUAUCCAAGAAAUACGUUUUAUUUUAGCUAUAUUUUUUGACUGGCUGCAACAGUGUCUCGAUGGGGAAGCUGUUCUCCAAAGGCUGGCGCAAAAGAGACGCGCGUGUGGUCAUGCUGGGCCUUGACCUCGCUGGGAAAUCUACCAUCCUGUACCAGCUGAAGGGCGGCCAGACCAUGGAGACGUGCCCAACCGUGGGCUUCAACGUGGAGGCCAUGCGGACGCCCUGCGGCAUGUCCUUCAACCUCUGGGACGUUGGGGGACAGCCCAACCUCCGGGCCAGCUGGCACCACUACCUGGAGGACACCAACAUCCUGGUCUUUGUGCUAGACAGCGCAGACAUGGCUCGGCUGCCUGAAGCGUUGGCGGUGCUGGAGGAGACCCUGGGCCACCCUGGUCUUGCUGAGGUCCCUGUCCUCCUCCUGGCCAACAAGCAGGAGCUGCCAGGGGCCAUGGCUCCCGCUGAGCUGGGACAGCAACUGUGCAGGGGACGGCUGGCAGGGCACCCAUGGAUGCUGCGGGGAUGCAGUGCCCACACUGGGCAGGGCUUGCAAGACAUCCUGGGGGUGCUGGGGGAGUUGCUCCGGGGCGUGAGGCAGGGAUCCCUGGCCCUAGAGCAGCCCCUCAGCUGAACCGGAUUCAGAACAGGAUUCUGCUCUGCCAGAUGUGUCUACAAGAGACAGAAGGGUUUUGUUUUCCUCCCAGCUCACACUACGUCCCUGGUGGAGCAGGACUUGCAGCAGCUGUUCGGCUGUAAGAUGUCACCUGUGGGUAUGAUCUUCAAGCCAUGGAAGUCAAUCAGGAUUAGUGCUGAUGGACAAUGCGUGUGUAUUAAUUCCUUGUUCCCUGGGGGUUGGAACUAGAGGACUUAAAGGACCUUUCCAACCAAAGACAUUCUGUGAUUCUUGUCUUGGUUCAUUCUUUCCUUCUGUUAUUUUUAGUGAAUGCUGUUUUCAGGAAAAUGGCACCUGUUUUCCCUUGGAUUAUAUUUAAAUAUAAAGAAAUUAAAUUUGGA